CCGCACCGGGGGCGGGGCCGCCCCAUCACGUGGCGCCGGGGGGAGGACGGAGCGCGGAGCAUGGCAGCGCUGGCGGCCGCCUCCCCUGGCGCAGAUGAGUGCCUGGAGGAGGACGAGGACGAGCUGGAGCCGGGGCUGGAUGAGGCCGAGGCCGAGCCGGAGCCCGAGAGCGGGGCGAAGGCGGCGGGGGGCUCCCGGGGGGCCGUGCUCACACGCCGCGGCAUCACCCUGCGCGUGCUGCUCCGCGACGGGCUCCUGGAGCCGGCCCGCGGCGUCCUCUCCAUCUAUUACCUGGGCAAGAAGUUCGUGGGGGACCUGGGUGCGGACGGCACCAUCACGUGGCAGGAGACGGGCCAGGUCUUCAACUCGCCCAGCGCCUGGGCCACCCACUGCAAGCGCCUGGUGAACCCCGCCAAGAAGUCGGGCUGCGGCUGGGCCUCCGUGCGCUACAAGGGCCAGAAGCUGGACCAGUACAAAGCUGCCUGGCUGCGCAAGCACCAGCCCAACGCCCCCGCUGCCGAAGAGAGCUUGGCCAGCGAGGGCGAGGAGGACGAGCUGCCCGAGGAGGAGGAGGAGGAGGCGGCGAGGGAAGGCCGGGCGCCCGCGCCGGAGCCGGCUGCUGCCAAGAGACCGGAGGAGAGGAGCAAGAAGCAGCAGUGCCGGAGCCUGGUGGAGCAGGCGGGGACGGGUGAGGAAGGGCAGGGUCCCCGGGGGGGGCCAAGCCCCCCCGGCCGCGGUGACGGGGCGCUCUGUGUUGCAGAUCAUGGCCCCCCGGGGAAAAGGCCGGAGAACAAACCCCGGGUGCCCGUCCGCUACUGCACCCUGGGCACCCGUGACACGGCCAGGAACCCCCAGACCCUGGUGGAAGUGACGCCCUUCGCCGCCAUCAACAAGUUCCAGCCCUUCAACGUGGCCAUUUCCAGCAACGUCCUCCUGCUCCUGGAUUUCCACAGCCACCUGACGCGGAGCGAAGUGGUGGGGUACCUGGGGGGCCGGUGGGACACCAACACGCAGCUGCUGACGGUGCUGCGAGCCUUCCCCUGCCGGAGCCGCUUGGGCGACGCCGAGGCUGCGGGCGCCGUGGAGGAGGAGAUCUGCCAGAGCCUGUUCCUGCGGGGGCUGUCGCUGGUGGGCUGGUACCACAGCCACCCCUUCGGCCCCGCGCUGCCCUCCCUGCACGACAUCGACGCGCAGAUGGACUACCAGCUCAAGCUGCAGGGCAGCGGCAACGGCUUCCAGCCCUGCCUGGCCCUCAUCUGCGGGCCGUACUAUCACGGCAACCCCGGCGUGGAGUCCAAAAUCGCGCCCUUCUGGGUGAUGCCGCCCCCGGAGCAACGUCCCAAUGACUACGGCAUCCCCAUGGAAGUGGAGGUGGCCUACAUCCAGGACGGCUUCCUCACCAACGACGUCCUGCAGGAGAUGACGCUGCUGGUGGAGUUUUACAAGGGCGCCCCCGACCUGGUGAAGUUCCAGGAGCUGUGGAGUCAGGACCAGACCUACCUGGACAAACUGAAGGGCUCCCUGGCCUCCCGCACCCCCAAAGACCAGAGCUUCGCCCACGUCCUGGAGCAGAUCUACAGCCUCCUGAAGCUCAGCGGCUGAGGAGCCGGGAGCCCCGUCCGGCUCAGACCUUCCCUGCAGCCAGAGCUGCCCUCGGCAAAGGGCUCCAGGCGCAGGGCAGCGCCGCGGGGCCGCCGCGUCGCCCGCUGCCUCCAGGCACCCAGCAGAGGAGUGCUGAGCCCCUGCCGUGCCCCGGAGCAGCCCCCUGGGGAGUGGUGCGGCCGGGCCCGGCGGUGGCGGGGAGGGUGACGGUGGUGGUGGGAGUCUCGCCUGCACGUUGUUUGUGGAAGUGGUAGUUGAUUAAAGAGCAGUUCCUGAGACGGGGCGGGCGUGCGGCUCCGCCGGGCUGAGGGCAUCCUGCUAAGCAUCAAGGGGUGGUGCUGGUGGCUUUGCAGGCUCCGGGUGCCAGCAGGGUGCUCAAUUCCAGGGGCUGGGGCACGGAGGUGCAGACCCAGGGCUGCUCCCCCAGCCCCCCGUGGCCCCCGGGGCACAGCGGUCCCAUCGCGGCCGCUGCUUGGCCGUGGGGAGGGAUCCAGCCUCGUGCGCACAGAGAGGACGCGGCCGUUAGAAAGAAGAAAACAUUUAAUACUUUUAUUCAGAGAUACAAGUUGAGAUUUGUGGGUCUUUUUUUUUUUUUUUUCUCCCCUAAAAACCAGGAGAAACCAUUACAAAAAAAAAAAAAAAGGUCUUAGCGAGUUUUCCCAGCUGACGGACUCAUCUCAAUCCACCUGAGCAGGAGCCAGCGCUCCCGGGCUGCGACCCUGGCCCCCAGCAGUGUGGGGACAGAGGUGAGGGCCCUGGGGACAUGAGGGCCCUGGGGAUUUGAGGGCCCUGGGGACAUGAGGGCCCUGGGGACGCGAGUGUCCUGAGGACGCGAGGGCCCUGGGGACACGAGGGCCCUGCGGACACCAGUCCCGUGGGCUCCCUGCCCUGCUGGGACUGGGGGGGAGCCCCGCGUGCCCCCGCGUCCUGCACCAGGCGCUGGUGCCAGACAAGGGGCAGCUCCUGCCCGGGGUUCGGCCUGCUCAGAGCACGGCGCGGCGGGGGACCAGACGUACAUCGACAUGCGUGGUUAAAAACAUUUAAAAAGGUUCCGUGUAAAUGUAACAGGAGACGGGAGCAGCGGGGACAGGGGCGCGCUGCGGCACGGCGCUGGCAGGGAGCGACGGCUCGGCUGCCAGCCGGGAAGGGAGAGGAUGCUGGUCGAGGAGAGAGGUGCCCAAGCCCUGCCAAGCCCUGCAGCAGAGGUGCCAGGUCCCCACGAAGGGGAGGAAACCAUUUUUCUAUCAAUGCUGGAAAAGCAAGGAAGCGGGGUGGGGGGUGGGAGGGCUGCAGGUGCAGGAGGCGGCGCUGCCCCCCUCUCGCCUGGGGUGCUGAGGGUGGCCAGGGGCCCCAUCCUGACACCAGGACAGGAACAGGGGAUGGAGGCUCGGGCCCAAGGGGCGCAGAGACCCCAGGGGGCUGUUCUCUGAACCUGUCGGCAGGCAGCAAAAGCCAGAGGUGACAGAGCCCGGACCAGAGCUGGUGAGGGGCAGGGGGCAGCAGGAAGGCACGUGGGGAUCAGCUUUACUCGAGCCGAGCAGCCCCGAGCAGCAAGCGAGGAGCCUGCAGCUCAGCCUCUUGGGGUGCUGACGGCUGCUUGGGGCGUGGGGAGAACAAACAGAGCCACGGGGCGAGAGGAUCUCGCACGGGACCAGGCCGGGAGCUGCUCUGCCCUGCCAUGGGCAGCCCCCUGCCCCCUGAUUUAACCCCCAGCUCUGCGAGCGGAGCCUGCGGUAGGAAAGGCCCAAAGCUCGGAAGCAACCCAGCCUCAAACCCUUCUGGGGCAGAAGGGGGCAGCCACCACCUUCGGGAUCGAGCUCUGCUGGGGAGAGGGCAGAGGGCUAACGCCCGGGCAGGGCUCAGCACCGGGCAGGGCUCAGCACCGCCCCUGGCCGGUUUAGUGUUGGACCUGCGUUGUAGUGUUGCUCUGCCCUGCGCUGCCUCCGCUGAGCCGCGGAUCCGCUCCUGCAGCGGUGCAGAGGGCGCGGGGCUGCAGCGGUGUCAGGGCUGCGAGGGCGGCCGUGUGUCCGCAGGGAGAGGGGUAGUGUUCGGCAGCAGCUGCCUGCGCCGGGGCAGGAGGGGGGCAAAGCUCUUGCCCCUCCACGAGGCUCAGGCCUGCUUUGUCCCCAACACCGCUUGCCCGGCCCCGGGCCGUGUCUCCCUGCGCUGGUGCUCAGCGUGAAGGACGCGCGCCCCAGCUCUCCGGCACGGCUGCCCUGGUUUGUACGGACACUUGACCAAAGCAAAGACAAAAACUGGACAAGGAGAGGCCUGCGACCCAGCUUAAAUGUACAGACCGCGAGGAACCUGGCGGGGCUCAUAAAGUACCUAAGUUCAAGCACCAGAAGGACCAAAAAACAAAACAAAA